AUGUCCGCCAAGAACACGACUAGCCGCACAGCCUCGCAACCAAGCGCACAUCGCGAGCUGACAACAUUACCUUCCUCUGAGCGACCCCGAUGCUACCUCCUUAUAGUCUUCUCUAUCUCGAGUCCACGACCAGACGCGAACAACGAUGGCCUCUCAGCUUCUGGAGCAGACGAACGCAAAAGACCUCCCACGUCCAUCUACAAGCUCGAACAACUCAUACGCAACAACGCCUGCGCUCUCAUGAACAUGGUAUACUGGAAGACACCAGAAGCUAAACGUAUAACUCUUCUCGAAGGUUAUCUCAUCACAUCUCCUGCGUCUCUGACUCUCGAAAGCUUGUCAGACCUAGUAAAGAGCUUCGACGUAGGGAGUAAGAAUAAGAACAAGAACAAGAACAAGAACAAGACCGAUCAUACGAACACACCAAGUUCCUAUCCUAGCACAACCGCAGCCAUAAGAUGA